ACGAGGGCUUUUACUUUCGCUCUGAGAUCCCGAGUUCGUUCGUUGAUCGUCGGGUGAAGUGGUCUCGGGAUGGAGACGGCGCUGAACGGAGACUCCGUGGAGCCCAUCACGGUGCAUGAUUUCUCGGAGAAGAUUCUGGAGCAGCUCGUUCACUUCCAUGUGAUGAAGCUGAGCGGCGGGUUCUUCCUCUGGAUCGGGUCUGAGCCGGUUCUGUCCAGUCUGGCUCUAGCCGUCAGCAGCAAACAUGAUUCAAUGCCUCUGUCCGCUCUGGUUCUGGGUGAUCCGUCAGACACGACGCCAAGCUCUCUUGCACAGAGACUCACAAAGAAGACAAAGAAACAGGUAUUUGUAAGUUACAAUUUACCCGUGACGAACUCAAAUCUAGCACUGCUGGUGGAGAACCGAAUCAAAAAGGAGAUGGAGCUUCAUCCCGACAAGUUUUAAACGUUUGCUGGUUUAUCUGCCACUUUUUUGUACAUAGCUCAAUAAAUCUAAAGCAAAAAUUAUUCAGUCGUAACAAUAUUAUUUUGUGUGGUACGUAUCCAGUUAUGAGCCAAAUUGAUGUAGGUUAUAGCAAAGAAAAACUGGGCUGGUCAUUUCUCUUUAAAUUCAAGUAUUGUUAUGCAAAACCUGGAAAUAUGAGGGGGAUUUUAAACCUUUGAUUUCCAGACCUCAAAAAGCCAUGGGAAGUCAUUAUUAAAAUCCUUAAUUUAUUCCAAAAAAAAAAAA